UUAUAUAUGAAGGAUUUGAGAAUCCAAACAUAUCUGGAAAUUGUAAAGUACUAUCAAAACCCUAACAACCAAAUAUACCUUGAUUUCCUUGUUACAGUAUCUUUGUCAACCCCACAAAGAUAGUACACACUAAUCCUAAUCUAUAUCCAACUAAUUAAAACAUGAGUUGAUCUUUAGCUUUUUUGUUAAAGUUGAUCUUCUCACCAUGAAAAACAACCUCAGAAAUCAGAAGAUUGCUUAGAAAUUGCAUGAUCUUGUGAGUGAAAUAGUAGAGUCAGUAGAAGUGGAUAUUAUAGGAUUAUAGCAUGGAAGAAAACAAGAAGUGGAUGCAUAAAGAGACAGAAAGACAAAGAAGACAAGAGAUGGCCAACCUCUGCACCAACCUUAGAUCUCUUCUUCCUUUAGAGUAUAUUAAGGGAAAACGCUCGAUUUCGGAUCAUGUGAAUGAGGCUAUGAAUUAUAUCAACCACUUACAAACCAAGGUGAAGCAGUUAGAAGCUAAGAAGGAAGAGUUAAAGAUGAUAUCUAGUUUGAAUACAAAUGUCCCUCAAAAUGACUCUAGUUGUAGUGCUACCAAUCUUCAACCCUUUGUUAUUGUUCAACCUUUCCCCGGAGGAAUUGAGAUUGUGUGCAGUUACAGCUUCAAGAAGUGUUUGUUUCCUUUGUCAAAAGUGCUUCUCAUGGUGAUUAAAGAAGGGCUUAAUGUUAUAAGCUGCACUUCCAACAAAAUAGAUGGCAGAUUCAUAUACACCAUACGAUCUGAGGAUUCGAUAAUGACUGGCAUUGAUUGCUCUGAACUGCAACGAAAACUUACCGAAGCAAUAUCAUCUUCAAGUUUACCAGAGAGUUCAUCUGAACCAGAAAAUUGGCAAUAUCUUGAGAAAACUGUAUAUUUUGAAAAUUUCUGAUCUCACAUCAAUAUAUAUCAUAUUUGUGCACUCUUAUUUUCUAAACAGAAGAUUGCUAGUUGAAGAUUCAAAUUCGCAGUGGUAUGCAUGCAAUACGCGUUGAGCUAGCUGAUAUCUUUUUCAUUUGAAGUUAGAAACAAGCUAGUCAUACAAAAAACCUCAUGUUGAUGUUCAAUGUAUUGAUAAUACAUGUAUUUUAUGCCUUUACGUAAUUAUUUUCUAUAGUAUUAUAUUUAAAUAGUUGUGUAUGUCAAUGUUUUAAAUUUCUCGUGUUACAUAACCAUGAGAUAGCAAACAAGUGUUUAUCAUAGUUUCUUUUGGGAAGAUGACAGAGAGAUAAAAAAAAAAACUAAGAAACUAAUUGGACAUUCUUAGGCAUCUAAACUCCAAAGAUGUCAUCAAAAAUCCUUUAAGCAUCCCCUCAAGAUUAGGUUUUUUUAGGUUGAUACGAUCUCUUUGAUUAUUCUGAGGGUAGAGUAUGAGAUCUUUACUUAGAACUUCGUGGAGAAAGUUUUUUUUGUUUUUGUUUUGUAGUUCAUGAGGAAUUUGUUGUUGCUAAUUUCCUUUCGGCAAUUCAAGAUCAUACUAAUUCUUAGGAUAGAGACAAGUGAAAUUGGAAGUUUGUUAGGGAUGGUACUUUCUCGGUGUCCUCAAUUCAAGAUCAUACUAAUUCUUAGG